GCACGCUUCAGCCAAUGAGAGCGCGAAUCCGCGGCCCCAUCCACGUGCCCCGACCCACGUAGAGCGACUGCCGCCGCCCCGGGGGUCGCCGGACGGAUAAGUGGAGCGUUGAGUGACCUGCUGAGAUUUCAGGGGUUGGGCUUCAGAGAGCACUGACGUGAUUAAUGGAUGCCUGGAAGUUGGUGUACAUAUAUAUUCAGAAAUGUUUUGCCACCUGAGACCUGUGAGGAGGUUAUGUCUAGAGAAGAUAUCUCCACACUGGUUUCUCUACUCAAGGUCUUUGUCAGGAGCUGAAGCAGUCAAUGCCUUGAGGCCUUUCUAUUUUGCAGUGCACCCAGAUUUCUUUGGACAGCACCCCAGAGAAAGGGAAGUCAAUGAAAAUUCACUGAAGAGAUUGAGUGUCUACUUAGAAAACCUCCAGAAACCAGGCUUCAAGUCUCUGAAACCAACUCAGCUUACAUUUUAUGUCAGAGAAACAGACCAGAAUUCUUCUGAUGGCCAAGAACCCUUUAGUACUUCUGGAUUUCGAGCAGUCAACUUCACUCUGCAAACCAGAGAUCUACUCAGCACAGUGUUAGAUAUUCUCAACUCCUGCAGUUUAUCGACCGAACACAUCCAGAGCUCGAAUACUCACGUGCAUUCCCAGCCUCUCAAGGAAGCUAAGAGGACGCCUGACAGGCCCAUCAAAUGGGACAAGUCUUACUACUCCUUUACUGGAUUCAAGGACCCUGAUGAAGACCUCGAGCAAGUUUCCAGAAUGGAAACAACCCUAAUAUCCUGGUUAGAUAACAAUGAAAAAAGUGCUGUUAAAAAGCUGAAGAAUAGUUUGCCACUUAGAAGAGAACUAGAUCGUCUAAAAGACGAACUGUCUCAUCAGCUGCAGCUCUCAGAUAUCAGGUGGCAGAGGAGCUGGGGGAUCGCCCAUCGCUGUAGCCAGCUGCAUAGUUUAGGCCGAUUAGCACAGCAGAACUUGGAAACACUUAAAACUGCAAAAGGAUGUACACUAAUAUUUACAGACCGUUCAGGAAUGAGUGCCUUGGGCCAUGUGAUGCUGGGAACAAUGGAUGUCCACCACCACUGGACAAAACUUUUUGAAAGAUUGCCAACUUAUUUUGACCUUCAGAGGAGGCUGCUGCUUUUAGAAGACCAAAUAAGCUAUCUUCUAGGCGGCAUACAAGUUGUUUAUAUUGAAGAAUUACAGCCAGUAUUGACACUUGAAGAAUAUUACUCUCUUCUUGACGUGUUCUAUAACAGACUAUUGAAAAAUAGGAUACCUUUCCACCCCCGAAGCCUGCGUGGUUUACAAAUGAUCCUUAACAGGGAUAGAUAUGCUCCAAGCUUGCAUGAACUUGGGCAUUUUAACAUCCCAAUCCUCUGUGACCCAGCAAGCCUCCAGUGGUUUAUUCUCACCAAAGCCCAGCAGGCAAGAGAGAACAUGAAAAGAAAGGAAGAGCUACAGGUUAUUGAAAAUGAAUUGAUACAGGCUUCAACAAGGAAAUUUUCUCUGGAGAAGUUAUAUAAGGAGCCCAGCGUUUCCAGUCGACAGAUGGUGGAUUGUUGUAAGAGACUGCUGGAACAGUCAUUGCCUUACCUCCACGGGAUGCACCUCUGUGUUUCACAUUUUUACUCUGUUCUGCAAGAUGGCGACCUUUGUAUUCCUUGGAACUGGAAGAAUGGAGAAGCUACAAAGUAACACAGAAAUAAGUAUUAUUUUUUAAAGAGAUAAGCAACAGGUUUUUAAGUUAAAACUUAUUUAAAUCCACCAUUUGAUAUGACAGUAUUAUUAUACAUAUUAUAAGAACAGCAUUUCUAAUUUGCUGUUUUAAAAGUUGACAUUUUUAAAGAAAUUAAUUUCUACUAGGAAACUUGUUUUUAAAAGGGUUUUGUCUCCUGAUCUUAUAUUUCUUAUCUGACUGGCAAGCCUAGGUAAAAAGAUGUUAGAAAGAACAUAUUUUUAAUGAUAUGUAAAUGAAGAGUUCUACAAGGGUAAAAGAUAUACAGUAUAUUUUUAUAUGAGCGAGUGUUGGUUUGGGGCUGGCCAAGUGUCUGUGAGUAUUAACAGGUCUUACAGUCAGUGUAGCUCUGAAGUAAUGGAACUCCUUUCCACGUGUAACAGACAAGUACACAUGCAGCUUUUUAGCUACAACUCAUAUACACACACCCGAGUGCUUUGCAGCCAGUAAUAGUCAGUUGAUGUCCAAAACAGAGGCCUGAUAGCUAGCGACUUCUGCCUAAGAAACAGAACAGAAGGGAAAAAAAGAAAAUGAAUAAAUAGUAUUGAUGUUGUCACAAGCAGUCUGAUACCAGUUUAUUAAGACAGCUUCACUGACACAGAAUUAAGGGUUAAACUCAUAAUUUCUCGUACCCAUGAAAAUUUUAUAAGACAGUGAAUAUUUUUGAGUCAUUUAAUGAAGUGACUCCUUUGUUUUCAUGGGCAAACACUACCCAGGAAAAUCCUUGCCUGUUCCCAGGGUUCCAGACGGAGGGUCAAGUUAAAAUGGUGACAGGAUUUCUGUCAUUCCUCUGAAGCCCUAUCUUCCCGUGCCUACCAGUGUUCUCCUCAGUGCAUUAGAGAGUAAAGAAUACAGUAAAAUUGUUUUUGAAGUAUGUUUUAAAUUUAUCGAAAAUAUUAGUUAUUUAAAUAGUUCAAAUUCAAAUAUGUGUUCAAAAGACAAGUUGAUUUGCAAUUAUAGUUUGUACAUAUUAUCCCAUUUAACAUGUGCCUAACAACACCUAAAUUAUUUUUCUAGUGUAACAAAUGUUUGUGUGACCUAUAAAGAUUUUCCAGAGCCAAAUAAUGGGAGUGAAAAUUUUCUUUAAGGUUAUCUAAGAAAUUUUAUUGUAAACUUAAGUUUGGAUUGUGUCAUUUCUUAAAUCAACUAUUAUGGAAUCUUCAGUAAUUUGUAUUGAAUUGGAUUUUGUCUCAGAACUAAUUGUUAUGUAAUAAAUAAUACCUACAUCAA